CUGCUGAGGAGGCGGGACCUGGACGGCGGGUCCCAGCUAGGACCGGUCCGGACGGUGGGAGGAGAUCAGGAUGAUAGGGGAACGGCGUGCUAGGGACCUUAUGGUGCCCUUGGGGCCCCAGCUGCAGGCAUAUCCUGAAGAACUUAUUCGACAGCGGCCUGGACAUGAUGGACGCCCUGAAUACCUGGUCCGAUGGAGUGUCCUGAAGUGUGGGGAAGUGAGCAAAGUGAGUGUAGACGAAGGCAAAGCAGAGCACAUUCUCAUGUGGCUGUCAGCCCCAGAGGUCUAUGCUAACUGCCCCAUGCUAUUAGGUGAGCGAGCACUAUCUAAGGGACCUCAGCAUGAACCAUCUGGGGGUUCAGGAAGCUUUCCCAGAGACCCAGGAGGCCUGGACGAUGUGGCAAUCGGAGAGAUGGAGGCUGAUGUGCGGGCGCUGGUACGCAGGGCUGCCAGGCAGCUGGCAGAAGGUGGGACCUCAAGCCUUACAGCUGCUGUGCUCCACACUAUCCAUGUGCUCAGUGCAUAUGCCAGCAUCGGGCCUCUCACCGGGGUCUUCAGGGAAACAGGAGCCCUGGACCUGCUCAUGCAUAUGCUGUGCAAUCCUGAGCCUCAAAUUCGUCGGAGUGCGGGCAAGAUGCUGCAGGCUCUGGCAGCCCACGAUGCUGGGAGUCGGGCUCACGUCCUUCUGUCACUGAGCCAGCAAGAUGGCAUCGAGCAGCACAUGGAUUUUGACAGCCGAUAUACUUUGCUGGAGCUGUUUGCAGAGACCACGUCCUCUGAAGAGCACUGCAUGGCCUUUGAAGGCAUUCAUCUGCCUCAGAUCCCAGGAAAGCUGCUCUUCUCCUUGGUGAAGCGCUACCUAUGUGUCACUUCCUUGCUGGAUCAACUAAAUAACAGUCCAGAGCCAGGAGCUGGAGACCAAAGUUCCCCAAGUACCAUGAGGGAGAAAAACCGGGGACAAAGGGAGCUGGAGUUCAGCAUGGCUGUGGGCAACCUCAUUUCAGAACUGGUGCGGAGCAUGGGCUGGGCCCGGAACAUCAGUGAACAGGGCACGUUACCACCCCGGCCACUUCGGUCCAUCUUUCAACCCUGCAUUUCAGGACCACCCCUUUUACUCCCCACCAUUGUCACCAUCCCCAGAAGGCAAGGGUGGGCCUUUCGCCAGCGCUCCGAAUUCUCUAGCCGUAGUGGCUAUGGCGAGUACGUGCAGCAGACACUACAGCCAGGGAUGCGAGUGCGGAUGCUGGAUGAUUACGAGGAGAUCAGUGCUGGGGAUGAAGGCGAGUUCCGGCAGAGCAACAGUGGUGUGCCCCCUGUGCAGGUCUUCUGGCAGUCGACAGGCCGCACCUAUUGGGUGCACUGGCACAUGCUGGAGAUAUUGGGCGCUGAGGAAGCUACUGGGGAUUCAGCUUCGGCAGCUGUGGAGAAGGGGGCAGGGGCUACUGUAUUGGGCACAGCAUUUCCUUCCUGGGAUUGGAAGCCUGUGGAUGGCCUCUACUGUUUGCCGUACCUCCAGAUUGAGCCUCAGAAGAAUGAGGAAUUGGGAUACCUGACCCAAGCUGAGUGGUGGGAAUUGCUUUUCUUCAUCAAAAAGUUGGACAUAUGUGAACAGCAGCCAAUUUUCCAGAAUCUUCAGGAGAAACUAGAUGAGACCCUGGGUGAAAAGGCUCUAGGUGAGAUCUCUGUGCCUGUGGAGAUGGCUGAGGGUCUUCUGCAGGUUCUCAGUAAUCGGUUUGAGGGCAGCACCCUCCGUGACUUGCUCAACUCCCAAAUCUAUACCAAAUAUGGGCUGCUACCUGAUGAACUAAGCAGCUUAUCUUCACGAAGUCACUGCUGUUCCUCAGAUCCAGAAGAGGAACCCAAGUCAGAGGCCAGCUUCUCAGAGGAAGAGACUGAAUCCCCUAAAGCAAAGACUGAGCCCCCUAAGGCAGAGUCACAGCCUGCCAAGGCAAAGACUGAGCCUCCCAUGGCCCAGAGUGAUUCACAGCUGUUUAACCAGCUUCUGGUGACUGAGGGGAUGGUUCUGUCCCCUGAGAUGAAGGAGGCAGCCAGUGAAAUGGCUAGAGCCUUGCGGGGUCCUGGUCCGCGCAGCUCCCUGGAUCAGCAUGUGGCAGCAGUCGUGGCCACUGUGCAGAUAUCCAGCUUGGACACAAACCUGCAGCUUUCAGGGCUCUCUGCCCUCUCUCAGGCUUUGGAAGAGGUCACAGAGCGGGACCACCCUCUGGUCCGUCCUGACAGAUCAUUGAGGUUAGCAUGUUACAGAGGGAAGAGGUCUGGGUUGAACCUGUGGGCAGUGAGGCUGAUGGUGGAGGGAAGAAGUAAUCAAGAAUUAGAAAGGCUGAGGGUGAAGAAAGGGUCAUCCUGAGGAGCAGCUGAGC